AUGGAUUACUGGGCUAAUGAUUUGACAACAAUUGUCUUUUCACCAAAGCCAGCGAGUGUUGGAACGGAGGAGAAGGACACGUCUAGCACAGGGACACGUCUGGCACAGGGGCUCCCUGGCAUCAGCACGGGUGAUCAUGUGUGGCUCGAAACGAACACAGGCGGAGAGUUCAACGCAGCAAUUGGAGCAGUGGUGAAGCUGAUGGGUUCCGGCAAGAUGCUGCUGUUGGAUGAUGAAGGAAAGGAGCAGUGGGUUGGUACCUCGAACUUUAACAGUGUGCGCCCCAUGCACCCUACCUCAGUGAAGGGGGUAGAUGACAUGAUCCGGAUCGGGGACUUGAACGAAGCUGGGAUAUUGCACAACUUGCUGAUCCGAUAUCGGGAAAACAUCAUUUAUACCUACAGCGGAUCUAUUCUCAUCGCCCUUAACCCAUACCAGCUGCUCCCGUUGUACACCACCGAGCAGAUCAAUCUCUACACGGACAGGCACAUCGGAGAGCUGCCCCCUCACAUCUUCGCCAUUGCUGACAGCUGCUACUACAACUUGAGGAAGAGCAGGAAGGACCAGUGCUGCAUUAUCAGUGGGGAGUCGGGAGCUGGGAAGACAGAGAGUGCGAAGCUGAUCCUGCAGUUUCUGGCUGCAGUCAGUGGGCAGCACUUGUGGAUCGAGCAGCAGAUUCUGGAGGCCACCCCGAUUCUGGAAGCUUUUGGAAAUGCAAAAACUGUAAAAAAUGACAAUUCCAGCCGCUUUGGGAAAUAUAUUGAAAUCUACUUCAACGAUGAUGGAAUCAUCGAGGGAGCAAAGAUCGAGCAGUAUUUACUGGAGAAGUCCCGAGUCUGCCAAUUGGCUGCAGAUGAGAGAAACUAUCACAUUUUCUACAGUAUACUGAUGGGGAUGAACACAGAGCAGAAGAAACUCCUCAGUCUAGGCACAGCACAUGAGUUUGACUAUCUGACGAUGGGUAACUGUACGAGUACUGAUGGACAUGACGACGUCAGACAUUAUGCUGAGAUUUGCUCAGCUAUGAAAAUCCUGACAUUUUCUAACAGUGAACAGUGGGACAUCAAUAAGCUACUGGCUGCUAUCUUACAUCUGGGAAAUCUGCAUUUUCAAGCUGCUGUGUAUGAUAACUUGGAUUGCUGUGAGCUUUUGGAAUCCAAGCACCUCUCUGUGGCCACGAAAUUACUUGAGGUGAACCCACUGGAGCUGAAGAAGGCAUUGACUCACAGAUCCAUCGUGAUCAGAGGGGAGAAUGUAACCACUCCAGUGAGCAAAACCCAGGCAGCAUCUAGUCGGGAUGCAUUGGUGAAGGGAAUAUAUGACCUUCUCUUUCUGUGGAUCGUGAAAAAGAUUAACACUGUCAUCAACACACCCACCAUAAAGGGUCCAGAAAAGGUUUGCAGUUCGAUCGGUUUGCUGGACAUCUUCGGUUUUGAGAACUUUGAUUCAAACAGCUUUGAGCAACUAUGCAUUAACUUUGCCAAUGAGCACUUGCAGCAGUUCUUUGUGAAGUGCGUCUUCAAAGAGGAACAGGAGGAGUACGUUCAGGAGAACAUCAACUGGCAGCACAUGGAUUUCAUCGACAAUCAGGGGACUUUAGACAUCCUUGCAGUCAAACCGAUGAAUAUCAUCUCACUAAUUGAUGAGGAGAGUAAGUUCCCGAAGGGCACUGACACAACGUUGUUAAGCAAGCUGAAUAAUCACCACAGCAAGAGUAUGGUCUACAUCCCUCCGAUGAGCUCUCAUGGGACAAUAUUUGGCAUCGCUCACUUUGCAGGACUGGUUCACUAUGAGGCAAAAGGCUUCCUGGAGAAGAACAGAGAUCAGCUGAGCUCCAGUAUCAUCCAGGUUGUGCAAACCUCCAAGAACAAAUUUCUCAAACUCAUCUUCCAGAGCAGUAUUGGACCAGCCCAGGGAAGCUACAAACAGUUCCCAACACUCAGCCGGCAGUUCAAGCAGUCACUGGAUAACCUCAUGAACACCCUGAGGGCUUGUCAUCCCUUCUUCAUCCGCUGCAUCAAACCCAACGAGUACAAAAAGCCCUUGCUCUUUGACCGGGAAUUGUGCGUCAAGCAAUUGCGGUAUUCCGGAAUGCGGGAGACCAUUCGCAUCCGCAAGUCAGGCUAUCCCAUUCGCUUCACCUUCAUGGAGUUUGUGCAAGAGUACAAGAUCCUGUUGAGAUCAUCGCCUCAGCAAGUGAAAGAGGAGGUCGCCCACUUGUGUUGCAAAGAGAUUGCCAAAUCCGUGCUCGGAACCGACGGAGACUGGAAGAUAGGGAGGACAAAGAUCUUCCUCAAGGAGAAUGACCACUUGUCCCUGACGCUCGAGCGAGACAGGGUCUUGACAGCGAAAGCCACAUUGAUUCUGAAAGUUUUGCGUGGGUUCAAAGACAGGAAGACCUUUUUGAGAUUGAAGUAUGCAGCCUGCACAAUCCAGAAUCACUGGAGAGGAUACCAGUAUCGCAAGAGAUACCAAACGUUGAGGCAGGGUUUCCAGAGGUUACAGGCUCUAUGUCACACCCGGAAAAUGGUGAAGGAAUAUAACGAGACUCGCAGGAUAAUCAUCCUGUUCCAGGCACAAUGCCGGGGAUACCUGUUACGUCAAAACAACACCAAACAGCUGGCUGCUGUGACCACGAUCCAGGCCUACACCAGGGGCAUGCUGAUUCGAAAGAGCUACCGGAAAAAGAGGAGAGAUAUUCAGAGACGUCUCGAGGCUGAGAAACUCAGUUUUGCCGAGGAACGGCGCCUGGUGAAGGUGGUGGUGCUGGAUGUGCCCAGACAGGAGGCUGACAAGAAGAAGUCGGACCAUCUGGCACGCAUGGCCAAACUGGACAUGGAGAAUGAGAGGCGCCAGAGGGAGGAAUACUUGAAGAGGAAGCAGAAGAUGAAGACCGAGGACCUUAACGAGCUGGAUAUAGUGGACAAUAUCUUCUCGUUUUUGCCCAAUGUCCUGGCACAUCAGGAAGGCCAGGGGCCUCGGGGCUUCGAGGACUUGGAAGUGAGACACGAUAAACUGGAGGAGUUUGAUUUGGAUGAUAUCUCUGUAUCCACGGAGUCUGAUGAAGAUGAUGACCUUGCCCAGUACACUUUCCCAAAAUAUGCUGCCACAUAUUUCCAGGGCUCUGCGACACACACUCACAUCCAAAGAACUCUCCAGCAUCCCCUGCUCUACCAUGAAGAUGAAGUUGAUACUGCGGCUUCCUUGGCGGUCUGGAUUAUUAUUCUGAGGUUCAUGGGUGUUCUCCAAGAGCCCAAGACAUUUACUCAGGACAAUAGGACACGCAACAACUCUACCAUGACACAGGUUCCACAGAAUCAUGGACAGGACAUGUAUCCAGGUGAAAGCACCAUCACAGAUAGACCGAUGUCAAACCUGGAGAAACUUCAUUUCAUCAUUGGCAAUGCUAUUGCCCGACCGAACAUCAGGGAUGAGAUUUACUGUCAAAUCUGUAAGCAGCUGACUGCCUGCCCCAAAUCGAACGUUAACGCCAGAGGAUGGAUUCUGCUGUGUCUUUGCGCUGGCUGCUUUCCACCCACUGACGGGUUUAUAAAGUAUUUGCGUAAUUUCAUUCGCGAUGGGCCAGAGGGAUACGUUGUGUACUGUGCUGAACGUCUGCGACGUACCGUUGCAAAUGGAGCUCGGAGAAAACCACCGAGUUACUUGGAGCUAGAGGCCACUAAACAAAAAGGUCCCAUCAAAGUAACGGUGACCCUGAUGAGCAGAUUGAGCUGUUCAAUCUCCAUUGAUUCAGCGACUACAGCCAGUGAACUUUGCAAAACGGUCGCAGGCAAGAUCCAACUCAAGGACACCUUUGGGUUCUCCAUUUACAUUGCACUGUAUGACUCUCUAUCCUCUCUUGGGAGUGGCAGUGAUCAUGUGCUGGAUGCCAUCUCCCAGUGUGAGCAGUACGUGAAGGGGCAAGGGGGGCAGGAACGCCAUACACCAUUCCGCCUCCUUUACCGAAAAGAGAUCUUCACACCCUGGCACGACAGCAGCGAGGACCGCAUCAGCACAGAUCUCAUCUACCAGCAGAUCAUCCGCGGAAUCCGAAACGGGGAAUAUCGCUGUGAGAAGGAGGAAGAGCUGGUGGAAAUUGCUGCGAAACAUUACUAUGUGAAGUUUGGAGUAAAAUUUGACCCUGAGAAAGCCCUGGAAGUUGUCCACGGCUGUAUCUCCGAAAAUCACCUCAAGGCCAAAUCCCCGGAGGAGUGGUCCCAGCUGAUCAUAUGUGUUUUCUUCAAGGAUUUGUUUGUCAGUGAGAAGACCAGUGCUCUCAAGCUGAAAGAACAGCUCGUCGACUUUUCUCAGAUGAAAUGGCCUCACAUGUUCUCCAGGUUUUUUAAAGCUGUUGUAUUUUCAGGGCCUAGCUUACCAAAAAACCAGCUGGUAUUUCUGACAGUGAACAGUGUUGGCAUCAGCUUGGUGGACAAGAGCGAGAAACUCCUUUUGAAAUGGUCAUAUGCCGAAAUUACUGGAAUAAACACCAACAGGGCUCCGAAUCUGUACGGCCAGAGCGUGGCAGUGAGCACCUUGCAGGGCCAGGAGUACACACUGAGCACCAGCAGUGCGAGUGAAAUAGCUGACCUGAUUGUCUUGUUUCUGAACGGGCUGAAGAGGAGAUCGAAAUACGCGAUUGCGUUACACGGCAGUCCCAGGCAAGAUGAUCCUAUACUCCUCAAGUACGAGAAGGGUGAUUUGAUCAAGUUGAUGAGAGAUAAGGAGAUCGCUGAGAACCGUGGCUGGAUUCAAGGACAGAAUGAACACAAUGGGAAUACAGGAAGUCUCUCACUGGAUUCUAUUUAUAUCAUUCCUACUCUUGUGAAGCCUUCACAGGAGGUGAUGAAGUUGCUCCUCAUGUCACCUGAUCAGCGACGCCAGGUAUCCCAGAAUGCCCUUGCUGAGGUGGAGGCGGCGAAGGCCAAGGUCAAGGCGUACACACUGGAGGAAUUUUCCUACGACCACUUCAGACCCCCUGCAAAAGAAUCGAUGAACAGAAUGGUGCUUGCGAGGGCUCAUGGGAAGGAUCGGAUGUGGGCAUGCUCGAGGGAACCUCUCCGACAGCCCUUACUGAAGAAGGUGUGUGCAAAUGCGGACAUGGUGGUGCUGGCCUGUCACGCUUUCACUGCCAUAAUGAAGUAUAUGGGGGAUUACCCAGGAAGGCUGGUCCAGCCUGGCACUGAGCUCACCGAUGUGAUAUUCUCUGGAGCUCUCCAGGAGGAGUUACUACGGGACGAAAUCUACUGUCAGAUUGUGAAGCAGCUGACCGACAAUAAAAACAGCUACAGUGUGGAGAAUGGCUGGCAGCUCCUCUGGCUUUGCACGGGGCUGUUCUCACCCAGUAAGGUGCUGCUGCCCCAUGUGAAGAGGUUCCUGGAGACUCACCGGGCAGAGAGCCUGGCAGGGGACUGCAUCCAGAGAUUAUACAGGCUGGAAAGAUGCGGAGCUCGGAAGAAUCUCCCUCACCAGUUGGAAGUCGAGGCUAUUCAGUGCCGAAGCACCAAAAUCCUGCACAAAAUCUACUUCCCCAAUGACACGGAUGAGGCAUUUGAGAUCCUCACCAGCACGAAGGUCAAGGACUUGUCUGAAAAUAUCACCAAGCAUUUAAACCUCAGCUCUGCAGAAGGCCUCAGUCUCUUCAUUCAGGUUGGCGACAAGGUUGUGAGCUUCCCCGAAGGAGAUUUUUUCUUCGAUUAUGUGAGGCAUGUGACUGACUGGUACAAGAAAGAGAAGCCAGUGAAGGCGGGUACAUCUGUCUCGGUGACAUACAAGGUCCUAUUUGUGAGAAAAUUGUGGCUCAAUGUCGUUCCAGGCAGAGACCUCAAAGCAGAUGUUGUGUUCCAUUUCCCACAGGAGCUGCCCAAGUAUUUGCGAGGUUACCAUGCCUGCACGAAGGAAGAAGCUGUCCAAAAUGCUGCCUUCCUUUACAGAGUCAAGUUCGGCGACGACAAAUCCCAGUUCGUCCACAUUCCCAAAAUGCUGAAAGAUCUGGUCCCCCAGGACAUGGUUCGGACAAUGUCGUCGGAGGAAUGGAAGAAGUCGAUCGUGGCCGUGUGUAACAGGCACACAGGGAAGACCGAGGAUGAGGUCAAGCUGGCAUUCCUCAAACAACUCAGCCGCUUGGCAACGUUUGGAUCGGCGUUUUUCGAAGUGAAGCAAACAUCUGAGUCCAGUUUUCCAGAUAUUGUCCGGAUAGCCAUCAACAAACAAGGAGUGACACUGAUCAACCCACAGACAAAGGCAGCUUUAGUGACUCAUCCCUUCAACACAAUCUCCAACUGGUGCAGCGGCAGCACCUACUUCCACAUGGCAGUCGGUAACCUGGUACGAGGGGGCAAGCUACUCUGUGAGACCUCACUGGGUUACAAGAUGGAUGACCUUGUGACCUCCUAUGUCCGUGCCCUCGAAGCUACAGUCCGGCAGAAACCAGCUCGACCCCUCGCCUGACCAGAUCAAUGUGGACCGAUCCCAGUCUCCGCUCGGAGAGGCCUACUACUCUCUCUCUCUCCCUCUCUCUCUGCUGCCCAUCCUGCUCUCCAUAUUCCAACAUCUCUCUCCUUUGCCUUUUCCCUCCUCCGUCCACUCUCUCUUCCCAAUCCAGUUUGGACGGAGUCAUUGAGUUCACCGUUGGGAAUGGUUGUGCUGGAGUUGUUAAUGAGCAUCCGAGUGCGGUUCACCUCCGAGUGGCAGAAACGUUGUUCCAAAUGUAAUCCCAGCAGCUUGGAUCUUACACAUUGCAGAUCUAACCACGUAGCUGCAUAAAGGCUCUCUGGGCUUCUUCUUUCUCCAGGAGAACGUUGGAGUUGGUUUUGCUAAUUCAUUGUGGCGUGUCUUGCAAUGCCUCUUGGAUUUCCUCAACACAAACUCAACCCUUUUGGGUUUCUGAGCUGUCCGGCACACGGCUCCGAUGGCUUCGUGCAUUCUGAUCCUGAGGUUGAGAGAAUAAAAUACUUUCAUUCACGUGUCGCCUGGAGCAGGGUAAAACCUUCUGAGAAUCAGUGAUGUCUCCAGACCCAGGCUGGUCCCCUGCUUAAUGCCAUCAGUGGUGCUUCGACACCCCCCCAAUGUCAUCCCUGGGUCCUGAGGUGCCCACGUACUCACCCAGUGUCACCCAGUCUCCUUUACUUUGAGGGGACGCCUUGCUAGAGGUUUGCUCUCCCAAGGUCCUGCCUCCCAAUGCUCACCCAUGGAAUUGGGAGGCCCUGCCAUUGCCUUCCCAAUGAUUCCAUGUUUACAGUGGCCCUCUGUGCCACAUACUCGCUGUGUGGCGGGAAUGGCCUGAAGAGCUCACGUGGCCCAUGUGCUUUUUAACCUGGAGCAGAGCUGGAAGGUGACAGAUUUACCAGGAUGUUGCUGGGAAUCGAGGGUUUGAGUUAUAAGGAGGGACUGGGCACGCUGAGACUUUUCUCACUGGAACGUAGGAGGUUGAGGGGUGACCUUAUAAAAUGAUGAGGGGCCAUUGACAGGGUGAAUAGCCAAGGCUGGGGGAGCUCAAGACCAGUACUUUUAAGGUGAGAGGCGAAAGAUUUGUUUUUCUGUAUUCAUUCACAGGAUGAGGGCAUUGCUGCCAAGGCAGCUUUUAUUACCCAUCCCUAAUUGCCCAGAGGGCAGUUAAAAGUCAACCACAAGGCUGUGGGUCUGGAGUCACGUGUAGGCCAGACCAGGGUAAGGCUGGUAGUUUCCUUCCCUAAAGGGCAUUAGUGAAUCAGAUGGGUUUUCCCAACAGUUGACAAUGGUUACUAUUAGACUUUUAAUUCCAGAUUUAUUGUUUAAUUGAGAAUUCAAAUUGCAGCGUCUGCUGUGGCAAGAUUCGAACCAAAGUCGCCAAGGCAUUAUCUGAGUCUCUGACUUAACAGUCCGGCGAUAAUACAACCGGGCCAUCGCCGCCUCAUUUAAAAAGGACAUGAGGGGUAAUCUUUUUAACACAGAAACUGGUGUGUGGAAUGAACUGCCAGAGGAAGUGGUAGAUGCUGGUACAGUUACUAUGUUUAAAAGGCAUUUGGAUAAAUACAUGAAUAGGAAAGGUUCAGGGAUGUGGGUCAGGAGUAGGCAGCUGGGAGUAGUUUAGUUUGGGAUUCUGGUUGACAUGGACGGGUUGUUCGAAGGGUCUGUUUCCCUGCUGUAUGACUGUACACCUUCUCCAUUACAAACUAUUCUUGGGAGUUGCUUUGGUGACCAGAUAUUUGAUGUGAUCCUGUUCAAUCUGUCUGAUCGAAACUGGCGCGUGGAAGACUUCCAGCCAGCAGUGGGUUUUGUUCAUCUCUCUCUCUCGGGCCGUACCAGCCUUCGUAAUAAAUUAUAUUCGAUAUCAA